CAUUUCCUGCUCCCCCCAAGCCACAGCCACUCUGUGAGAGGAAGCUGGGGUUUGUGGUUCCUGUUUUGCCUAGGGACAAGGAGUGGGAGUGAAGAGGGGCUGGUAAGAGCUUUGGCUUCUCAUUUUAGGGUCAUUAAUGCUUCCUUAACGGGAAGAAGGGGCUGGAUUGGUGGCUCCAGUGCCCAUUCCCUCAUGUGUAGUCAUUCUUGUGAAACAAAACUUGGCUAAGCUUUGUAUUGUGGUUAUUUGUGUCUACCUUCCAUCCUCCUGUGAAUUCCUUAAAGGCAGAGGCCAUGUAUGACAUGUUGCUGAGUUUGUAGGGUCCCGCAUGGGUAGUAGGACCCCAUUUUUCACUGGUUGAGUAAUCUGGGAAGCAGACCAAAGGGGGCACAUUUCAAACAGUAGUUUGAGGACUCGGUGGUGAGAAAGAGCUGGUAGAGGUGAGCACCAGCUGGUGGAAGCCCAUAGAAGAGAUUAGCAGGGGAAGGACUCAAUGAAGAAGAUUCAGGAUGCUGCUUUACCACCUAGAGGAAGUUUUAAACCAGCGGUUCCAGGGUUCUCCGAGCCUCUCUCUGGCCCCCGCCCCGAGGCCAGGAAAGCCUGAAGCCGAGAGGGAGAGAGGACCCGGAAGUUAGGGGUGACCUCCAAGCACGUGAUGAGGGGGCCCGCGGGCGCUGUCACGUGACCCGCCUACCUGCGGUACCUCGGAGCCGAACUUGCAGCUGCUCUUAAAGACCCUCACCCGCCUGGUUGGAGCCAAUCCUGGACUCUCGCUGACUUUGAACCCUUCGCGGGACCUGAACUUGAUGCCAUGGGAGGCUGUGCGGGCUCGCGGAGGCGCCUUUUGGAUUCCGAGGGGGAGGAGACCGCCCCGGAACCUCGGUCCCCUCUGUUGGACCGUCAGGGCGCCCUUUGGAGGAACGUGAUGGGUUUCUGGCUCCUGGGCCUUUGUAACAACUUCUCUUACGUGGUGAUGCUCAGUGCUGCGCAUGACAUCCUUAGCCACCAGAGGGCAUCUGGGAACCAGAGCCAUGUGAACCCGGACCCACCCCUCACCCCCCACAAUAGCUCCUCUCGAUUUGACUGCAACUCCGUCUCCACGGCUGCAGUGCUCCUGGCAGAUAUCCUUCCCACCCUCGUCAUCAAAUUGCUGGCACCCCUUGGUCUGCACCUGCUGCCCUACAGCCCCCGGGUUCUCGUCAGUGGGAUUUGUGCUGCCGGAAGCUUCCUCCUGGUUGCCUUUUCUCAUUCAGUGGGGACCAGCCUGUGCGGUGUGGUCUUGGCUAGCAUCUCGUCCGGUCUGGGGGAGGUCACCUUCCUCUCGCUCACUGCCUUCUACCCCAGGGCUGUGAUCUCCUGGUGGUCCUCAGGCACUGGGGGAGCAGGGCUGCUGGGAGCACUGUCCUAUCUGGGCCUCACCCAGGCGGGCCUCUCUCCGCAGCACACCCUGCUGUCCAUGCUGGGUGUCCCUGCUUUGCUGCUGGCCAGCUAUUUCUGUUUGCUCACACCUCCUGAGCCCCAGGACCCUGGAGGGGAAGAGGAGGCAGAGACCUCCGCACGGCAGCCUCUGAUAGACAGCGAGGCUCCGGAGUCAAAGCCAGCACCCCUCUGCCGAGUCCAUGUGCCAGCCUCACCUGCCCUUCCCUCCCUCCCUGCAGACUCCAAGUCAAACCUCUCCCUUCUGGAAAGGUGGACCGUGUUCAAGGGCCUGCUGCCAUACAUCGUUCCCUUGGUGGUGGUUUACUUCGCGGAGUAUUUCAUCAAUCAGGGACUGUUUGAGCUCCUGUUCUUCCGGAACACGUCCCUGAGUCACGCUCAGCAGUAUCGCUGGUACCAGAUGCUCUACCAGGCCGGUGUCUUUGUUUCCCGCUCUUCUCUCCGCUGCUGUCGCAUCCGUUUCACAUGGGUCCUGGCCCUGCUGCAGUGCCUCAACCUGGCCUUCCUGUUGGUGGACGUGUGGUUGAGCUUCCUGCCCAGCAUUUACCUCGUCUUCCUGGUCGUUCUGUAUGAGGGGCUUCUCGGAGGUGCUGCCUACGUGAAUACCUUCCACCAGAUUGCCCUGGAGACGAGUGAUGAGCACCGGGAAUUUGCCAUGGCAGCUGCCUGUAUCUCUGACACUUUUGGAAUCUCCCUGUCGGGGCUCCUGGCCCUGCCCCUGCACGACUUCCUUUGUAACCUGUCUUGACACUGCGGCUUCUCAGGACAUGGGACACACUAAUCUGGGCCUGCACUGACAGGCGGGCGAGUCAGACCGCAGGCGCACAGCCCAGAACUCACCCAUGAGCCCUGCCCCAGGUUUGCCUGAGCAGCUGGGGUGCAGAGACACGCAGAGGUGCCGUUCUCCUUUGAGCGAGCCGGCAGUGUUCGCCGUCUCCCAGGCUGGCCUUGGGGACUUUCUUCGUGGUGUUACAUCCUCAGAAUAAAUGCCUAUUUUAUUAAUUGA